UCCAGAGAAACUUGACACAGGAGCAUAUUUUUAAUCAAAGAAAAAGAGUGUAGGUGCCCCUCACCCGCGUGGGGUUAGGUGUGAUAUAUAGUGGGAGGUGGGUGCGAGUGGGGAGGGAUUUUCUAGUGCCGUAGAUAAGCCUUCAUGCAAUCAUUUCCCCCACUUGUUAGGUGAGGGAAGCUCGGCCUCUCACUCUCUCUCUCCCUCUCACACUCCGCAGGGAGAAGACUGCGUUUUCUUCUAGUUUGAUCUCAAACAGGAGCAACAAACAGCAACCGAAAUGGUUAAAGGUGAAGACUUCAAGGUCCUCAAAAUGCGGACAUACGUACUCAAAGUGAACAUGCACUGCCAUGGAUGCAAGGAGAAAGUUAAGAAGCUCCUCCGAAAAAUUGAGGGAGUCUGCUCCGUAAGCAUAGAUGUGGAGCACCAGCAGGUCACUGUCACAGGAAAUGUGGACUCAGGAACUCUGAUCAAGAAACUGGCCAGAUCUGGCAAGCGUGCAGAGCUCUGGUCUCAGAAAACCACAAGCCAAAACCACAAGGCCAACCAACAGAAGCAAGCUGCUGCUGUUGGCCAUCCAAUGAAGGAUGGCCACAAGAACAACAAAGACAAAGGCAAGCAAGGCCUCAUCCAAAGCCUCCAAGUCUUCAAGAAUCAGCACAAUAAGCUUUCCUCAUUGAGCUCUGAUGAGGAGGAUUAUGAUGAUGAUGAUGAUGAUGAUGAUGAUGAAGAUGAUGACCUAGAUGCGCUGCCUUUCCUCAAUAUGAACCAACUGAAUUUUCUAAGGCAGGCAAGCAAUGCCACAGCCAAUGCAAAGAAAACCGGCCAUGGCAUUAGUGCUGGUGGGAAUGGUAACAGUGGAGCUGGAAAUAAGGGAGGAGGAAAUCCCAACCAGAAUCAGAUAAAAAACCCAAAUGGCUUACAGCAACAAGGUAUUGAUUUUUCGGCUAAUAGCAAGAUCGUCAAUGGUGUCCACUUGGGUGGUGGUAAUCCUCAUGCAGGGGAGGGUAGAAGGGUGAAUGACAUCAAUGGCACGAUGAUGGGUCUCCAUGGGCUUGGUGGAAACAACGGUGGCGGCUUUCAGGGAAAUGGACUCCCUGGUUACACAAGGUUCCCAUCAAAUGGUGAGGUAUAUGGCCGGCAUCAUCAAUCCCCUAUGAUGGUGAACAUGCAGGGGUAUCAGGCCCAUCCACCAUCCAUGAUGAACAACUUGAGAGGGCUCAACAAUAAUAACAUGAUGAUGCAUCCCAGCACAUACAUGCAGCCUCGGAUGAUGUACCAUAGGUCUCCCCAGAUACCUCCUUACACUGGCUACUACAACUUGUAUCCAAGCCCGUACUAUCCCAAUAACCAGUCAGAGAAUGAUGACUAUGGUGUCCAUCUUUUCAGCGACGAGAACACCAGAGGCUGUGUUGUGAUGUAAAAGCGGUUCAUUGGUUGAAGUUUUUUUCUUUCUAUUUUUAUUUCUUCGUUGUUGUAAUGGCCUUAUGGAUUCCUAUGAUUAGUGCAUUGGUUUGGUGCUUCAAACUGAUGCUUUCUAGAUAUUUACUUGAAGCAGCUAUGGAACUUAUUAAUGUAAUAUACUAUUUGUGAUUUCUACA